AUGGCAAAGGAUGCAGCAGACUCCAAGCCAUUGGGCGUGUGCGAAAGGCUCUUCAAUGCCCUCAGCUUCAAUGCAGCAUUUCGGCCCCUCCGUCGCCUAACUUUCCACAAGCAACCCGCCACCGCCGACCACUCCGACUAUGGCAUGAACGGCCUCAAGACCGAUCACAGUCCUGCUACUGCAACGAAGCCAAAACCAGCUAAACUACCAGAACCCGACGCCAUCGCCCUGCCUCCGUCAGCAAAGCCUCGAGCAGCAACGGCGAAAGAACAGCUUCAGAAGGUUGACCCACCACCUCCAACGACAGAUAAGCCUAUACCUCUUCCAGUUCCACCUCCCCUUGCCACUACCUACAAACCUGGGAGUACAACAGUGCCAAGAGCUCCAGAGAAAGCAGUUCCCAUGCCAGCACCACCGGCAGCAGUGGCUGAACCGCAGCCAGUGCCACCGACUGCAGCGGUGACGAGGACGAAGACCAUCAACAACAAGGCCGCAGAGUUUAUCCAGAGCUCAAGGAGAAAGAUCAGGUCUGGGUCCUUCGCAACGACGCCCACUGUGAAGUGA